AUGAAACAGCUGCAAGGAGGCAGCUUAAAAAAAGGAAAUUCGGAAGAGGCCGGUGAAUGGCGUCUUGAUCGCAUUCAGUUGAAAAAGGGAUAUAACGUUAUAAGCUGGGCAGUAAUGAGCUAUCGUCUGGAUACCUCUUACAACAACGAUCUCAUCACUAUUUCUCACAUCGAUGUAAUCGGUACGCUUCGUGCAGACAGUAGCACUGAUUUCUUAUCCAUUUUUGAAAAGCUCCGCAUUACUUAUUUUACUCCUUAUAAAAGCUGA